AUGUCACAGUCAUCAGCGAUUGUAGUUCACCAAUGGAUUGUUUCCAUCAUCACCCUAACCAGGCUGGUGUAUGAGUGUUAUAUUUGCGUGAUCCAUGUCAGAAUGAUCCAUUUUCCCCAGGCCUGGAGGAGCAUUCCUUGCAUCUGGCUGUCCUCAAUAGUGUGGUCAGGAGCAUCUCUCCUGGGCUGGAACAACCACAUCCUGGACAUGCAUGGACCAGGCUGCACUGGAGACUGGCCAUCCAAGGACACCAGCCACUCGUCCUUUGUGCUUUUCUUGUUUCUUGGCUGCCAUGGUGUCAUUGCUCAUUGUCAAGGCCAUAUUCUCUUUUCCAUUCAAAAUCCCUCACCAGUCACCUCCCUCAUGGCAUGUAUCACCUUUGGCAGCAGUAUAUUUAUGUACUUGUCACCCUCACCGAAUAGUGAACUUCUCAAGAGGAGAGACCCGGUCUUAUUUAUUUCUACAUACAUGCAAUUAAGGGCCAAGCUUUUACUUAAUAUUCAACUUUAUUUUCUCCCUACCCAGUUUUAAAGAGCCCUCUUGCAGCUCUUACAUUUCUAACUGCUGAGAUGCCAGACACCAGCUAAAGAUAUAUCUGCAUUUGGGAGAGAAAUGUGUUUAAGAUCCAUUGUGAUGUCAAAGAAAGAAAGGGACAAGCCAAAGCAAAAAGUGACUUUUAACUCUUCUUCCAUCAUUUUUAUAACUAAUGAUGAAUCAUUAUCAGUGGGUAACAGUGACAGAACCAAUGGGUCAAAGGUUGAUGUGAUCCAGGUUUAUCCUUUACAGGAAUGAAUAACGGUAAUGAACAAUGGGACUUAAAUCAGACGCCAUUUAGACUAUCAUUAAAAGGACCAUUUUGGAAUUCCCCAUUCUGUGUAAUAUUAACAGAACUUCUGUGAUUCAGAAGGAAAUCUGAAUUGCUCUUGGACUCUUUGACCUCAGGGAGUAAUUGAGCAAGACAGAUUCUUUCAAUUCAGUGGUUGCUUUAUACAAUGGAAAAUCACUUGUGGCGCAAGCUUUGUAUCAGGCACCAUCAACUUCUAACAUGUCAGAAAUUUUCACUUCAUAUUUUUAAAUGACUGAAUUUUCCAAAGCACAUAAUGUAUUUCUCAAGAAAUUAAAAAAAAGACAUCCUUAGCAGUUAAAAUAACUUUGUUUCAUACACAUGUGUGAAAUAGCUAGAAAAUCUCGAAUUUUCUAGUAGUGUUGGGUCCUAUUUAGUGUCAUGUCAAAUGUUUGUUCAAUCAAAUUUAUCAAACAGACAAUUCUAGGAUGAAAAAGAAAAUCAAUUCCUUAAUUUUAUGUGAAACCAAAGACUGUUGCUGUAUGUGUAACAUGAUAAAGAGGAGCUUCAGCCAAAGUGUUGCUGAGCAAGCUCUAGAAGGUACCAUUGCAAAGCAACACACAAGGGCUUCACCGGUGGCUCAGAUGGUUAAAAGCAAUACACACACACAAAAAUGGUGAAUUUCAAGGUGAUCAAGAUUUAUAGCUAAUCAUACAUUAGCAAUGGAUGUACAUGGUGAAGCCGGUGUUGAUGGAAGAUAGAUGUCUCCAUCUAUUUUAUUUCAAAUAUGAACAUGGUAGGAUUAGUCUCUACUCCUAGUGAUUUCUCAUAAUUUUCCAAGAAUUCUAGAUUUAGGAAAAAAGU